CUCCAAAACCCUUUAAAUAUUCCGUCCAAAUCAAACUGAACACUUCAGGAGAGGGAGUCAUUGAUCGGCUGAAGGAACUUCUUCAUGCUUAUCCAUUCCCCUACACUAUCAACAAUCAAAUGAAAAUCUCGAAGCUGAACUUCUCCACAGUAACUCCAAAACCCUUCAAAUAUUCCAUCCAACUCAAACUGAACACUUCAGGAGAGGGAGUCAUUGGUCGGCUGAAGGAACUUCUUCAUGGUUAUCCAUUCCCCUACACUAUCAACAAUCAAAUGAAAAUCUCAAAGCUGAACUUCAUCACAGCACCCUUGAAAUCAUUCAGGUUCACCAUGGACAUUAAAUUGGACACAUCCAAACUUUCUUCCAUUGACAGACUACGGGGUCUUGCUCAUGGAUUUCAAUAUCCUUAUAAGAUCAGCAGUCAAAAGCAAAUCAACUCUCUCAACAUCACAACUGUCUGCAUCACCAGUGCAAAUCAAUCAGUGUGCAAAUGCGAGCCUCAGUAUGGUUGGUCAGAUGAACAUUGCAAGAAACUUGGAGCUUGUAAUGAAAGCAGCAAUACCCUAUGUGGUUGUGUCACUUCUGUUCCAUACGAGGGCCAGUUCUGUGGACGCAGAAGAGUACCUUCACAAACCUUUAAAUAUUCUAUCCAAAUCAAACUGAACACUUCAGGAGAGGGAGUCAUUGAUCGGCUGAAGGCACUUCUACAUGGUUUUCCAUUCCCCUACACUAUCAACAAUCAAAUGAAAAUCUCUGGGCUAAACAUCACCACAGAACCACCUACUUUAUCACCCCCUGCUCCAACAUCUGAUGAACAAACAUCUACGACAGAAACAUCUACUGCUGAAGCCUCCACUGCUGAUACAUCUCCUGCAGAAAUGUCUACUACACAAACAUCUGCAGAAACAUAUGCUAUAGAAACAUCCCCUGCAAAGGCUUCUACUGAACCAACAUCUACAGCCGAAACAUCUACUGCUGAAACAACUAUUGCUGAUACAUCUACUCCAGAAAUAUCUACCACACAAACAUCUGCAGAAACAUCUCCUGCAGUAACAUAUUCUACAGAAUCAUCCCCUGCACAGACAUCUACUGAACAAACAACUAUCACUGAAACCUCCACUGUGGAUUCAACUACUGCAGAAAUAUAUACUACACAAACAUCUGCAGAAACACCUACUGCAGAAACAUCUACUGCAGAAAUAUAUACUACAGAAACAUCUACUGCACAAACACCUACUGAACAAACAUCUAUCGCUGAAACCUCCACUGUGGAUUCAACUACUGCAGAAAUAUAUACUACACAAACAUCUGCAGAAACAUCUCCUGCAGAAACAUCUACUGCAGAAACAUAUAGUGCAGAAACAUAUACUACAGAAAAAUCCCCUGCACAGACAUCUACUGCACAAACACCUACUAAACAAACAUCUAUUACUGAAACCUUCACUGUGGAUUCAACCACUGCAGAAAUAUAUACUACACAAACAUCUGCAGAAACAUCUCCUGCAGAAACAUCUACUGCAGAAACAUAUACUACAGAAACAUCCCCUACACAGACAUCUACUGCACAAACACCUAUUGAACAAACAUCUAUCGCUGAAACCUCCACUGUGGAUUCAACCACUGCAGAAAUAUAUACUACACAGACAUCUGCAGAAACACCUACUGCAGAAACAUAUACUGCAGAAAUAUAUACUACAGAAACAUCUACUGCACAAACACCUACUGAACAAACAUCUAUCGCUGAAACCUCCACUGUGGAUUCAACUACUGCAGAAAUAUAUACUACACAAACAUCUGCAGAAACACAUACUGCAGAAACAUAUAGUGCAGAAACAUAUACUACAGAAAAGUCCCCUGCACAGACAUCUACUGCACAAACACCUACUGAACAAACAUCUAUCGCUGAAACCUCCACUGUGGAUUCAACCACUGCAGAAAUAUAUACUACACAGACAUCUGCAGAAACAUCUCAUGCAGAAACAUCUACUGCAGAAACAUAUACUACAGAAAGAUCCCCUACACAGACAUCUACUGCACAAACACCUACUGAACAAACAUCUACAGCAGAAACAUCUACUGCUGAAACAUCAACUGUAGAUACUGCAGGAACAACUGCAGGGACAUUUGGCACUGAAUUAUCCACUGUUGAUUCAUCACCUGCAGAAAUAUCUACUUCACAAACAUCUGCAGAAACGUCUACAGCAGAAACAUCUACUUCAAAAACAUCCCCUGCUCAGACAUUUACUGCAGAAACAUCUACCGCCAACAGAAAUACUACAGAAAUGUGUAACGCACAAACAUCUACUGUAGAACCAUCUACUGUACAAGCAACUGCAGAAACAUCUACUGAACAAACAUAUACUGUUCAAACGUCGACUGAAAAAACAUCAACUGAACAAGCUUCGAGUGCACAAACAUCUGCAGCAGAAAUAUCUACUGCACAGGUAUCUACAGGAAAAUCUUCUGCCAAACCAUUGAUUGCACAAAUCUCUACUUUAGGAACAUCUACAGCACAAACAUUGACACCAGAAAUGUCUACACCACAAAUAUCCACACCACAAACCUCUACUGCACUAAUAACCACACUGCAAACAUCUACAGUAGAAAUAUCUACCGCAAAGACAUCUACUGCACAAACAUCUACUGCAGGAAUGUCAUCUACACAAAUAAUCACAGGGCAGACAUCUACUGCACACACAUCAAAUGCAGAAACAUCUGCUGUACACCCAUCUACUGCACAAACAUCAAAUGAAAAAACAUCUACUGUACAUCCAUCUACUGCACAAAAAACUACUGCACAAACAUCUACUGUAGAAACACCUACAGCACAAACAUCUACUGCACACACAUCUACUGUAGAAACAUCUACUGCACGUCUGUCUACUGCAAUGACAAUGACAGCACAAACAUCUGCUGUAGCAGACCGACCAUCAUCUACUUCAACAGAGUUCUUCACUACAGAAACAUCUGCUGUAACAAAUGUGACGACUGCAACUACAGAUCUGGUCACCACAACACCUGAUGCAACUACACCGACAACUAUACCAAUAACUAUACAAACUACAGAACCAGCAAAUACAACUGCAGUGCAAACAACUGCAGCCACUACACCAACAGAACCAACAACUAUACCAAUAACUACACAAACUACAGAACCAGCAAAUACAACUGCAGUGCAAACAACUGCAGCCACUACACCAACAGAACCAACAACUAUACCAAUAACUACACAAACUACAGAACCAGCAAAUACAACUGCAGUGCAAACAACUGCAUCCACUACACCAACAGAACCAACAACUAUACCAAUAACUACACAAACUACAGAACCAGCAAAUACAACUAUAGUUCCAACAACUGAAUCAACUACACCAACAACAGAACCACAAACUUCACCAACAACUAUACUAAUAACUACACAAAUAACAGAAUCAGCAAAUACAACUACAGUGCCAACACCUGAAUCAACUAGACCAACAGAACCACCAACUUUACCAACAACUAUACUAAUAACUACACAAACUACAGAACCAGCAAAUACAACUGCAGUGCCAACACCUGAAUCAACUACACCAACAACAGAACCACCAAGUACACCAAUAACUAAACCAAUAACUACACAAACCACUGAACAGGCAAAUUCAACUACAGUGCCAACACCUGUAUCAACAAAACAAACUACAGUACCAGCUAAUACAACUGCAGUGCCAACAACUGAAUCAACUACACCAACAGCAGAGCCACUAACUUCACCAACAACUAUACCAAUAACUACACAAACUACCGAACCAGCAAAUACAACUGCAGUGCCAACAACUGCAUCAACUACACUGACAAAAGAAGCACCAACUUCACCAACAACUAUACCAAUAACUACACAAACUACAGAACCAUCAAAUACAACUGCAGUGCCAACACCUGCAUCAACUACACCAACAGAACCACCAGCUACACCAACAACUACAUCAACUACACCAAUAAUUACAACUGAAGUCCCAACAACUACAACUACAGUACCAACAACUGCAGCACCAACUUCACCAAAAGUUGUAACUAAGGAACCAGCAGCUACAUCAAAAACUACACCAAUAACUACACCACCAACUACAUCAACAACUACACCAAUAACUACACCACCAACUACAUCAACAACUACACCAAAAACUACACCAAGUGUGCCAACAACUACACCAAAAACUACACCAACAACUACACCACAGGUGUCUUCUGUCACAAUGAUCUUACGUCUAGAUCGCAGCUUUGACGUAAACCUGCAAAAUUCAGAGAGUCCGCAAUAUAAAGACUUGGUAAAAAAAGUGGUAAACGCGCUCACAAAGAGUUACCAAAAUGUCCCCGGCUUCAUUAAGGUGACUGUGACAGGAUUCAGGGCAGGGAGUGUGAUUGUUGAUUUUCAAGUUGAACUGGACUACCCAGUGAACAGUGAAAUCAUCAAGCAGUUGAAUGAGAACCCAAACAUCUCAAGCAACCUGAAGAAUGAAGGUCUCUCACUCAUGGAGGUGGCUCAGAGCAAGAAAGUUUUGGGGCCUAAUACGAAAGUGUAUCCUGAACAACCCAUGAUACUGAAUUGCACACCAGACCAGCAAGAUCCGGGGACAAUUAAAUGGAAAAUAAAGGGAACUGAAAUACAGCCUGAUACACGCUACAAUUUCUCACGAGACAACCGAACUCUCACAGUGAACAGCGCCACCAUCGCAGAUAAUGGUCGUUAUGAAUGUGGGUACAAUUCUAGCACUGGGCAGUACAUUCUAUGGGAGGAAAUUGACUACAUUGAGCCGUACCCCAAUAUUCAAAUGACCCCCAACAGGACUAACAUUUGUCAAAAGACUACUGUGCCUCUCCGCUGCUGUGUGUUCAAGGAUUACAACAUUCAGCUGUGGAAAAAUAACACAUUCAUAACAAAUAUCACGGCUACUGACUCACUGCAAAAGUGUAUUGAGUACCAGUACGUGGGAAUAUGCGGAUCAUAUGUGGAAUUUGUCUGCAACCUUACAGAUUCAAAUUUAAACAAUUUUUCAUACAGUUCAAACACAAUGCAUGUAAAGAUCUCUGAAGCGAAACCUACAGAACCACCCACUAACCAACGUAAACCAUGUAACAAUGAUCAGUUUGGGUAUGGUGAUCACGGCACUGUGACUUCUGGUCAGUGUAAAAAUAAGGAUGAAGUGGGGAGUCAAACAGUCAUGUGUAACAACGGCAACUGGGAAGUCAUCGACAACAAUUGUGUCCUUCGAGUCUUUCAAGUACUGAAAGAGCAGUCUCAGGGCUUGGAUAUAAACAAUGUGAAACCAUUUGUGGAAGAGGUGACACAAACUACCAAAAACCACACCAACGAUGUCAUCAGCUCCACAGCCAACAUUGCAACAAUCAUAACCCUACUGAACUCUAUCGCAAACGUAUCAAAAAAUGUUACGAUUGAUGAAAAUGUUAUUAAGAAUUUUCUAGAAACAGUGGAGGUCAUUUCAUCUGCUGAAACAAAUAAAACAUGGGAAGCCUUAAAUUCUCAACCUGUCAGCCAAGGAAACAGUUCUUUACUACUGCUUUCUUUGGAAAAUAUUGUUAAAAAUACUUCAGAUAAUAUCUCUAAUUUUACAACCAGCACCAACACCAUCACAUUCACCAAGGCUACCAUCAAAGAUCAGCCUUUCGAUAAAACAUUUGGGAACAAUUCAGAGGCUUCGCUAUUCAUCCCCAGCACCAAUCUCACUAAAAACCUUACAAUCACUGCCUUAGCUUUUUUCUCACUGAGUAACAUUCUGCCAUCAAGAAAUACAAGUGUAAAUGACACCACAGUGAACACCAUUAAUGGAAUCAUUGUUAUGGUCUCCCCCAGUCAGAACGAAAGCGACGUCACCUUCAAGUUCAAAAAACUCCUUACUCAAAAAAACUCAAAAACACUGGCAAAUCCAGAGUGUGUUUUCUGGAACUUUAGUCUUUAUAAUAAUAUAGGUGGUUGGGACUCAUAUGGGUGUAAGCUGACGGAAGAUUUUCCAGGAAACGUGACGUGUGAAUGCAAUCACACCACGUCAUUUUCCAUCUUGAUGUCUCCUUUAAACGAGGACAGUCUUUCCCUAACCAUAAUCACCUACGUCGGUCUUAGUGUGUCAGUGCUGAGCUUGGUGGUGUUCCUCCUCAUAGAGAUCAUCUUCUGGAAGCCCCUCACCAGCUCCCAGACCAAUAGUCCAAUGUUAUACCUGCGACACGUCUCAAUGGUCAACAUCGCCUUGUCCCUUCUGAUCGCAGAUAUCUGGCUCAUUGCUGGAGUGACCGAUAAGCUGGAGACAAACCCUGCCUGCCAUGCAGUGAUCUUCUUCAUCCACUUCUUUUACCUGGCCGUUUUCUUCUGGAUGCUGGUGUCUGCUAUCCUGUUGCUGUACAGCGUCAUUGUGGUCUUCACAAACAUGUCCAAGACUUCCUUGAUGGCAAUUUCCUUUAGCGUGGGCUAUGGAGCUCCGCUCAUCAUUGCCGUCAUUACUGUGGCAUCAACAGCAGGAAGGGGAAAGUAUAUCAGGAAGGAUGCAUGCUGGUUGCAGUGGGAUGAUUCUAGAGCUCUGCUGGCCUUCGCUUUUCCAGUCCUGGCCAUAGUCUUCACCAACUUUGUGGUCAUGAUAGUGGUCCUGUAUAAAAUGUUGAAAAAAAGAGUGGGAGAAAGAACCUCAGAUGAGAAGAACAGUAUGGCUGUCAUCGCUCGAUUUGUGGCUGUCUUAACCCCCAUUUUAGGCCUCACCUGGGGGUUUGGCCUGGGCACCAUAACCAGUCCUGGAACUGUAGAGCUGCAUUACUUGUUUGCCAUCCUAAACUCUCUACAGGGCUUCUUCAUUACAGUGUUUGGUUUUCUGUUUGAUAAGAAGAUUUCCAAGACUAUCAGACAGAAAUUGAGCACAAGACUGAGAUCCAGUGGCGCAUUCAGCUCAACGCAAAGAACGCGCAGCUCCAACCCAACCAGUUCCACUGGGAUUAUAUAAAACUAUGUUCCAAACAAGACACAGUUAUGGCGACUUCAUCUGUGGCAGCAAUGAUCUUCUCCCUCUUCACAUUUAUUCUUCUGAACUGAAGAGGCAGUUAUCCUGUUUAUUAUUCUCCUCUACUCUGGGACUUUUGGGUAUUUUUUCUGUUUUUUUCUUUUGUUAAUAUGUAAUAGUUGUGUAUGAAUGGAAGUCAAGAUUGUCAGAGUACACACACACA